UGUAUCAUCUGUCAAAAAGCGAGCUCAUCGAGAGUGAUACAUGACAUAACCUACAAAACAUUUUAGAACAUCGAGUAACUUUAACCGCGUGUUAUUGCUGAAUAUUAGUUUGUGUCUGUGAUAUAUAUUUAAUACUAAAAUGGGAAAAGUAAGGUCUGCGCCGGGGGCACCCCGUAAACAGGGCUUCAACAAAUCCGGCCAUUCCAUGAACCCUGAGAGGCCUACUGAAGGCUUGAAAGGGGUUGGAAAACCUAGGACUAAGGGAACUAUAAAAAGGCUACAGAUGUAUCGUAAUUUCAAAGCGAAGAGGGACAAGACAGGAAAAAUUUUAACACCUGCACCAUUUCAAGGUUGGCUGCCGUCUGGUACCCAAGCCAGGGUUGAGCCAAACCAGAAGUGGUUCGGCAAUUCGCGGGUGAUAUCACAAAAUGCAUUACAAAAGUUCCAAGAAGAAUUUGGAGCCGCUGUCAAAAAUCCUUAUCAAGUUGUAAUGAAACCUACUAAUUUGCCCAUAACGUUACUCAACGAAAAAGCGAAAAAUGCCAGAGUACAUUUGCUAGACACAGAAGGCUUUGACAAAACUUUUGGCCCUAAAAAACAAAGGAAGCGGGUAAAUUUAAAAUUCAAUGACUUGGAAACUUUGUCUAAGGCUGUUGAAGAGAAUGCUGAAAAAUAUGAUGAGAGUAAAGACGUGGACAGAGUACGUGAAGACAGCGGCAUCAAAGAUGGCCAGAGAGAGUGGAUAUUUGGAGCUGGGAUGAGUAAAAGAAUCUGGAAUGAAUUGUACAAAGUGAUAGAUUCCUCUGAUGUUUUGUUGCAAGUACUUGAUGCUAGAGAUCCCAUGGGAACUAGAAGUCCAUAUGUAGAAAAAUUCUUAAGAGAAGAAAAGCCACAUAAACACUUAAUAUUUAUCCUCAAUAAAGUGGACUUGGUACCAAAUUGGGUAACACAAAGAUGGGUAGCAAUCUUAAGCUCAGAAUACCCUACAGUAGCAUUUCAUGCAUCCAUGACACAUCCCUUUGGUAAAGGUUCACUGAUAAAUUUAUUGCGACAGUUUGCAAAAUUACAUAUUGAUAAAAAACAAAUAAGUGUUGGCCUCAUUGGUUACCCAAAUGUUGGCAAAUCUUCUGUUAUCAACACAUUGAGGGCUAAAAAAGUGUGUAAAGUUGCACCAAUUGCUGGCGAAACCAAGGUAUGGCAAUACAUAACAUUGAUGAGAAGAAUAUAUUUAAUUGAUUGUCCUGGAGUUGUGUACCCAUCUGCGGAAACUGAUACUGAAAAAGUUCUCAAAGGUGUAGUACGGGUUGAACUAGUACAGAACCCUGAAGAUUACAUUGAAGAGGUGAUAAAGAGAGUCAGGAAGGAAUAUCUUGUAAAAACAUACAAGGUUGAUGGAUGGGAUACAGCAACAGAUUUUUUGGAAAAAAUGGCAGCUCGUACUGGAAAAUUAUUAAAGAAAGGUGAACCAGACAUAGCACAAGUGUCGAAAAUGGUUCUGAAUGACUGGCAAAGAGGUAAAUUACCUUUUUAUGUUGCACCUGAAGGAUUCGAGGUACCAUUACCAAAACCAGAAGAUGGAGAUAAAGAAUCUGUUAAACCAAAUGAAGAGAAUAAAGAAGAAACUCCUAAAAAUGUGACUGAAGCAGAGGCACAAGACGAGACAGUUGAAAAGCCUGUUCUGACUGUCAAUAAAUUGAUAAUAGCCCAAGAUUUUGCUAAAAUUAGAGUAGGAUUGCAAUUUGAUAAUGAUGAUGAUGUAAAACCACUUGAUAAAAUUGUUAUUCCUGAAGAAUUACAAGGUAUAGAUGAAACACUGGAUGAGAGCAAAUCACAAAAUGGAGAACAGGAAGAGAAAGAUGAGACUGUUGAAGAUAGUGAUUCAGAUAUCAGUGGCUUCUAUAGUAAUGAUGAAAAUGUUUGCAGUGAUGUGGAAGAUCAUUUGACAAAUGACCCAGAGACUGUAAAAGAGUUAAAAAGAAAGAGGCUGCAAGUAGCCAGUGGCACAUUCACAGUUGAAGAUGUGGCUCAGAAAAGAAAGAAACAUAAGGCAAAUGAUGAUGUAUCUGUUAAGAAAAAGACGACUGCUAAGCAGAGAAGAGCUUUGGAGCGAGCUCAGAAGCGUACAAAAACAGGAAGCAACUUCUAUGAAGUGUCAAAUAUGUCUUCUGGAAGUGAGAGUGAUGAUGACUAUGUACCUGAAGAACCUGGACCCCUCUCUGAAGAAGAAUCUGCAGAUGAAGAGACCAACAUAGAGUAUGAAAAAGAAGUUGAACACAAAACCAAGAAAAGAAAAUCUGCACAGCUCACUAAAGGGAAAAAGAAAUUAAAAACUAAAAAUGGCAUUAAAGAGAUUCUGAAAACAGAGGAAGAGGUAAUAGAAAAAGAAGAACCAGCAACUCAAGAUUCUGAAGAAGAAAAAAAAAGAGUAGAUGAUCUGUGGUCCAAAUUUUUAGAAGGAACUGAUACAAAACCUAAACCUAAAAUAAGUGAAUCCAAUGCAUCACAGGCAACAAAAUCUUCUAAUGAUGUUUUAGAAUCUGCAAAAGCUACUGUCAGUACAAAAAAUAAAGAAGAUGAUAAGGAAAGAGAGAAAAGAAUAUUUGAGUUUGCAGGAGAGACUGUUGUUGUCGAAAACAAUAUGAUAAAAGAAAGAAUCAAAACAGGUGAAUCAGCCACAGUAAGUAAACCAGAAUUCAUCUCUCGCGGCCGAGGCGGAGGGUUGUCCGACCUUCUAGGACAGCUGAAAAAUAAAAAUACACUGUCAACACUAGAAAAAUCUAAACUCGAUUGGAAUACUUAUAAAAAAGAAGAAGGAGUAGAAGAUGAAAUUGCUAGUAUCAAUAAAGGGAAAUCUGGAUAUUUGGACCGUCGAGAUUUCUUAGAGAGAACAGACAUGCGACAAUACGAGAUCGAAAGGGAUUUGCGUAUGAGCAAACGCAGCAAGCGAUGAGUCACAAAUUAAAAAUCAAGAACUCAAUGAUACUCCUACAUCGACUUUUAAUAUCAUGCUAUAGGCUGUAGCUGAUUAUUUUUAAGAUCUUAAUAAAGAAUGGAUAUAAAA